AUGGACUCUGAACUUGUGAUCCACUGUGGUGGAUGUCACUGCAAGAGAGUGAGGUGGCGCGUGCGGGCCCCACCAAGCGUUGUGGCCUGGCAAUGCAACUGCUCCGAUUGCUCUAUGAGAGGAAACACGCACUUCGUUGUCCCAUCCCAAGAUUUCGAACUAAACGAAGAUUCCAAACAGUUCCUUACGACUUACACGUUCGGGACGCAUACAGCGAAACAUACUUUCUGCAGAAUUUGCGGCAUAACUUCUUUUUACAUCCCGAGGUCGAAUCCUGAUGGUGUGGGGGUCACGGUCAAUUGUGUUGACUCGGGGACUUUGAAGAAUGUGGAGAUGAGGCAAUUUGACGGGCAGAAUUGGGAGAGCUCGUUCGUUCAGUCUGGCAUCUCUUCUUAUUCCAAGAUAGCUCCAGAGAAGCCAGAAUGA